AUGACAUCAGCCCCAGGGCUGAAGGCACCACGGGCAGCACGGCUGCUGCAGGCACUGCGGCUGUGGCUGUGCUGCUGCACGGAGCUCUCAGUUCUUGCAGCUGACACGUGCCUCUGGCAGCCAUGAAUUGGCUCGGCCUCCUCGUCCUGCUGACUGUGGCAGGGCUGGUGCAUGGGAUAUCGGACAACUGCAGAUGGACAUGCGGCCUCCGACCCAUGGUGUCUGACUCCAUACCUCCUGAUGAUGGCAUGACACGCAUCGUGGGUGGCACAGGUGCCAAGCCUGGGGCUUGGCCCUGGAUUGUCAGCAUCCAGCAUCCGAGGAUACCAGGCACAAAGCAUUUCUGUGGAGGGUCUCUCAUCAGGGCAGAGUGGGUCCUCACAGCAGCCCACUGCUUUGACCUCAUUUUUAACACCUCCUUGAUCUACGUGGUGAUUGGGGCCACCCAGUUGACUCAGCCGGGCCCUGGGGCACAAGUCCGCCAAAUUAAGAAGUUACUACGUCAUGAAAAAUAUCGGAGACGUGACUUGAGCAAUGACAUUGCCUUGCUGGAAUUGAGCAACCCCGUCCAGUGCAACCCCUACAUCCAGCUGGCCUGUGUAGCCGAUGCUAUCUUAGAAGCAUCAGUGUCACAGGAGCAUAACUGCUGGAUUGCUGGCUGGGGUGCCACCACUGCAACAGAUAAAACCCCGAGUGAUCAAUUGCAGGAGGCCAAGGUACACAUUAUCAAUAUCCAUCUGUGCAACAGCACCUUCUGGUACUCAGGGAAAAUCCACACCUACAACUUGUGUGCUGGUUACCCUCAGGGCAACAUUGACACCUGCCAGGGUGACAGCGGUGGUCCUCUCAUGUGCCAGGACAACAACGCUGAUUACUGGUGGGUUGUUGGAGUGACCAGCUGGGGAAAAGGCUGUGCCAGAGCAAGGCAGCCUGGAGUCUACAUCUCCACUCAGUACUUCUAUGACUGGAUUCUGGCCCACAUGGGCACAAACAAUGUUUAAAGUGCUUCUUGAGCACCAGGGUGGCCAGCCUCCAGGGCAGGCUGCAGGGCAUAUCAAGUGUUUCUUGCUGGAGCAAUGCCUGUUGAUCCAAAGGCAGCCUCAUGUCAAAACCCUGCUCUGUCCUGACAACACUCAUCUCCUCUGUGCACACAAACACUGGAGCUGACGUAGUGGUUGAAGUAAAGUUGCCAAUCAUCACAGGAA